AUGAUCUCGACUACCCUCAUGACUUUCCUACUGAUUACCAAACCGGAGAUCCGAUCGGUUAAGCUGCUCGGAUCAUGGGAUAAUUUCUCGAAGCAAUAUGUGAUGGAAAGAGACAAGCGAGUCGGACCGGGACACUGGAAAGGAUGCCACACCUUUACCGAUAUGAUAGGCGAUGGACCAGACAAGACUCAAUGGCGAACAGGGGGUCUGAAGAUGGGUGGUACAUACUGGUAUUAUUACCUGCUCGAUGAUGAUAUAGAGUAUUACAACGAGGCAGAGCCAACGACCACAAUGUGCCCGCUUCUUCCAGGACAGCCCAUGAAUGUGUUACAUGUCCCUAUCAUUUUACCCGACAGCUACUCACAUGGACGCUCGGCGAGUGGCAGUUCCCAAAACUCCGAAUAUCUUCGGACCAUGAACCCAGAAGACAAGUUUAUGAAUCCGCGGAAGCCGCCGCCCCAGCCUGUUCGACUUCAGACAGCUGCACCAGCCCACCGUGAGCCGAGCCACGCGCACUCCUCGAGCAGAUCUCCGAUGACUGGAAUUUAUCGGAGUGCAUCUCAGCCAUGGAGUAACGGUCGCAAGGGCCACAAGAAAGAUUCACGUUCUAUGUCUCCUCCGAGGGCUCGAGCCCUUCUGGCUGCUUUAAGGCAACCCGCCGAAGCGGAUAGAAAGCUCGAGCCAGUGCAACCAGUGAAUGCUCCCAAACUGGUACCGCCGCAGAAAGAAAUUGAAAACCGUCGCAAUAUCCCUGGAAUCAAGGUCAAUGCUGGCAUUGCGAUUCCAUCCAGCUCUUCCGACAAACUUGGUCCCUCCACCAUUCAAAGUCGCCGCGCAAUGAAAACAAGCGCUGGCGAGACGACACCGGGCCGUCUUCUCACAGUGCAGACGCGUCCGGAGCCCCGAAAGCGCAGUCCUUCCCGCAGCGCAAACGGAAGUACCGCGGCAUUUGACGAAAAUCGUGCCAUCAGGGAAGCUCUGAAAGAUAUCGCUAGCUCUGGUGAUUUACCCACACCAACUGCCGGCUUCACUAAAGAAAAGAGGCUCCCUACACUCCCAAACACACCAUCAUCAGUCAUGGAUGAAGCCGUUCGCGCCAUCGACGAGAGAGACAAGGCGAUGGAUGCCGAGAUCCCGCGCAGUUACUUCUCCAGCAUGACAGCAACAACAAUCGACUCUACCAACUCCGUGGUGCCUGAAUGCAGCCGGUUCUCUGAAUGGAGCACGGACACCGAGACCGACUACAACCCGCGCGAAUCGAUGACAUCGGCCUCCGCAUCAGACCAGCACCAGGAUGAGUCGGCCGAUGAAAGAUGGAGAACACCCGACCUCUCACAGUCUGGCGAUGGCGCAACUAAUACCGACCCAAAUACACCCCACCUCACUGUCUACUCCAAACCCUCGUCUCCGAACUCAGCAUCCGGAGAACUCCCUCCCUGGAGCAUCGAUCUCCCUGAACUCACCGUCUCCCUGUCCACACCCGGCCUCGACUGUUCCGGUCUGGGCAUCGAUAGCAUGGAUGAAGUGGAAAGCAACCCUAAGCGCCACGCUGCCCUAUUUAGCGCCAUUGAAUCCAUGGAGGCUCUCGCGCUGUCGCGCAGCCCCAAUGGCUCCCCGAUUCUGCUCCCUGAAGUCCCCAGAGGCUCUGAUAUGGAGCAAAAUCUCUCUAUCGCAGAGCGAAAAGUGAGCGAGACUUCCCUUGAGCGCAUUCGCUCGCGUCGCAGCAAUGCCUCGUUCCAAGGGAAUGCUACCAUGCAGGAGUUGAUUGAUGAGCUCAGCUAUCUGAAGAAUUUGAUCCAGGCUGACAUGGAUGGGGCUCCAUUUUGA